AUGCACGCAGGGAACUCCCCGAUUGGUGAGAAUGCUGGCGAACGCACGAACUCGAACGUGUGGCGAGACACUUCUGAAGCCGAGAUCUACGGGAGUUAUCUCGGCCCUGGGAGUGAAGUCCCCAUGAUGCGGCCUACCAUGGCUGCUCGACCCAGCACGAGCAUCCAUCACGACAUUUCUGUGGGCCAAUUGGACGACCCGGGUCUUGCCACCGGCACGGGCCCGGCGAAGACGUAUACCGGCCGCAAAGUCGUGUGGCCCGGUGCCCUUUUUCUGCUCCUUGUAACCGCCGCCGCACUGAGUUUGAUUGCGUAUUUUGGUAUACAGGAGUAUACGGCCGCUCAGACGCAACAGGCACUAACAGAGGAGGUCACGGAUGUCACUCGAGCGAGGAAGAGGAAGAGCACUAGUGUCAAGAGCUGUAUGCUGCCGGAUUACAUAGCCGCGGACGGCAAGAUCUAUGCCCAAAACAGCUUCACUCGCAAGAAAGAGCCGCUCGUGUUUACGGGAAUCAACUGGAGCGGCAUGGAGAAUGCUGAAGGUGUGCCCCACGGCCUUGCUACGAAGCAGAGCUACCUCGAUGAUAUUGCCAAGAACCUGUCGGAUAGCGGCUUUAAUGCCGUGCGUCUUCCAUUGAAUGCCCAGAUGAUUAUUGACAACACGGCUCCGAAUGCGAAACUUUUUGUCAAUAGUCUGGACACGGACUUGAAUGUCGAUACGUACAUUGACAUGAUCAAGAAAGUUGUGCAGGGCUUGGGCAAGCAGCAGAUUGGCGUGUUGCUGGAUAUUCACAAGAUUGACCCGAACUUCACGAACGACACGUCGGAGCACUUGUGGUUUACCGACGCCUACCCGAUCACGAAGAUUUACGAAAUGUUUGAGACCUUGGCGUCGGAAUUGUGCAGUGAUCUCGAGUACAACAUUGUUGGCAUUGAUCUGAAGAACGAGCCGGUGGGUGGCUGUUGGCCCAAAGAUGACAGCGACGACUACUGCGACCCGGAUUUCAAUUGGCCGCGUGCUGUCGAGACGAUUGGUAACAAGAUUUUAUCCAUCUGCCCCAAUUGGCUCAUCGUAGUGGAAGGCAAUUACGCUAUCGGGACCACAUCCGAGAUUAAUGGGGCGAACUUGACGUACAAUGAUUGGUACGGAGCGAGUCUGCAGAACGCCAGCGUGAACCCGAUUGUCCUCGCCAUGGAAAACAAGCUCGUGUAUGCGCCGCACUUUUACUCGCCUAGUGUGUAUCCGUCGUCGUACUUCUUCAAGAAACAGUCCUCGAGCGGUAGCACUGUGUCAGUGACCGAGUUUCCCAACACGGCCGAGGGCAAUAAACUACUGGAGGGUGCUGUGACAGCUGUGCUUGACAACGCCUUUGGUAAUGCCGUGACAGCAACGGGUAUCCCGACAUUCUACGGCGAGUUUGGCGGUAUAUAUGGCACGGCUGAGCUGCUUGAGGGGCACACGAGUACGCGUACUAUCGAUAUUCUGAUCGAGUACGCAAAUACAAUGAACAUGACGGGUGGUUUCGUAUGGGGUCUCAAUCCCGAUGGGGCGUACGACUUUAACAACGCGUACCAGCCCGACGAUCCGUGGCAGUAUGGUUUGUACACGGACUCGACGUGGGAGAAGUUCCAUACUGACUUUGCCACUAGCCUACAGAGUUUGAAGGGUAGCGGUCCGUUUCCUUGCUUUAUGAAGACCACGAUCAAGACUUUCUCGACGUCCGGUAGUGGAAGCGCCACUAUCACCGCGGACUCGACUACUGAUACUACGACUGCAAAGACACCGACGACGGGGACGGCUGCGGCUCCAGUUGCUAUAGGAAGUCCUCCCUCGUCUCCUACUGCAGCUGCCACUACUCCUGCAGCUCCUGCCACUAUUCCUGCAGCUCCUGCAGCUCCUGCUACUCCUGCAGCUCCUGUUGCUGCUGUGAAGAAAACGACGACAUCAACGUCAGAUGCGACGGCGACUGCGUUGUAG